CUGCAACUUGGGUUGCUGCAAAUAGCAAAAGGAGAGGAAAAAUACUGUCUACUUGUUUUUAUUUCAGUUUUUAGUAACCCAAAUAUAGCAAUUUCCUUAAUUUCAGUUCUCCUUUUUUCUUCUUUAUAAAAAAGUUUGUGCCUUUCCUUUUUUGGAUUUUACUUACUGUGUUGGGUUUCUGAUUUUUCUCUGAAACUUAGCAAGAAUCAUAAAAAAUAAAAAAUAAAAAGAAUCAGCAAAGCAAAAAGUGGGUUCUUGAAAAGAAAAUAAAAAGAUUUGACUUUUUUGAGCUUUAUAUCAAUGCUGCAUUUGGUUCCUCAAAUAUGAUGGUUAGUGACUUCUUUCUCUCAAACUAUCAAAGGAUCAAAACCUGUAACUGAAGCUCUGAGGAGAUUGUUUUUUGUUCAGCGUCAUGGCUUAUGGUAAUUCAAGAUCCGUAAGAUUCCAAGAUGAUGUUGAAUCGACAAAAUAUGCAACUAUAAACGGAGAUAAUGUGAUUAAAGUGAAGUACAAGAUUGACGGAUCACUGUUACCUGAGCCAGCUAGUAGAAAGAGUGAAAAGGAGCCUGACAGGAACGGAAAAUUCUUGAAGGCUAAAGUAUUGUCGCGGGUUUUCUCAGAAGAUUAUGAAAGAGUGAAGAAAAAGAUACUGGAUCCUCGUGGACCUUCAAUCCGUAGAUGGAACAAGAUUCUCUUAGUAGCGUGUUUAGUCGCUUUAUUCGUGGACCCUCUAUUCUUUUACUUGCCGGUGGUCCAAGAUGAAGUCUGCAUAGAUAUAGGAACUAAUCUGGAAAUUGCCCUUACAGUUAUUAGAUCAAUAGCUGAUGUCUUUUAUAUGAUUCAGAUAUUUGUUCAGUUUAGAACCGCUUAUGUUGCUCCGUCUUCUCGAGUAUUUGGGAGAGGAGAGCUUGUUGUAGAUUCUUCAAAGAUAGCUAAAAGAUACUACAAAAAAGGUUUCUGGAUUGAUGUCGUUGCUGCCCUGCCCUUACCACAGGUAUUAAUUUGGGGCAUUAUCCCUAAUUUAAGUGGCUCAACAAUGGCGAACACGAAGAAUGUGCUUAGAUUCAUUAUCAUUUUUCAGUACUUCCCCAGACUUUAUCUCAUAUUUCCGCUUUCGUCACAAAUAGUAAAGACUACCGGUGUUGUUACUGAAACAGCAUGGGCCGGGGCUGCUUACAACUUGAUGCUUUACAUGUUAGCCAGCCAUGUUGGAGGAGCUUGCUGGUACCUUCUAUCAAUUGAGAGACAAGAAGCUUGUUGGAGACAUGCCUGCAGUUUUGAGGAGCAAUCGUGUGAUUUUGGAUAUUUUGAUUGCCGGAGGGUUAAAGAUCCAGGAAGAAACGCCUGGUUCUUGUCCAGCAAUAUUACAAAGCAAUGUAAUCCUAAUACUAGUGAUUACCCGUUCGGUAUUUACAGUGACGCUGUGACAGCUAAUGUGACAACUGCUUUGUUUUUCAACAAAUACUUUUACUGCCUGUGGUGGGGCUUGAAGAACCUAAGUUCUCUAGGGCAAGAUCUCGCAACAAGUACUUAUAUUGGAGAAAUAGUUUUUGCCAUCAUAAUUGCAACUCUUGGCCUAGUUCUGUUUGCAUUGCUGAUUGGAAAUAUGCAAACGUAUCUCCAAUCAACAACUGUAAGAUUAGAGGAAUGGAGAAUAAGGAGAACUGAUACGGAACAAUGGAUGCAUCAUAGGCAGUUACCUCAAGAACUAAGGCAGUCUGUACGGAAGUAUGAUCAAUACAAAUGGGUGGCUACAAGAGGAGUCGACGAGGAAGCUCUUCUCAAAGGACUUCCUUUAGAUCUCCGUAGAGAUAUCAAGCGUCAUUUGUGCUAUGAUUUAGUUCGAAGGGUUCCUCUGUUUGAUCAAAUGGAUGAACGGAUGCUGGAUGCAAUAUGCGAGAGGCUCAAGCCCGCUUUAUGCACACAAGGCACUUGUCUUGUGCGCGAGGGUGACCCUGUCAACGAAAUGCUCUUCAUAAUUCGAGGGAAUCUUGAUUCUUACACCACGAAUGGUGGUCGUACUGGUUUCUUCAAUUCUUGUUGUAUUGGUCCAGGUGACUUCUGCGGUGAGGAACUAUUGACAUGGGCGCUCGACCCACGUCCAGGUGUGAUUCUACCAUCAUCCACUAGGACAGUAAAAGCGGUUUCUGAAGUAGAGUCGUUCGCCCUAGUAGCAGAGGACUUAAAGUUUGUUGCAGCACAAUUUCGGAGGCUACAUAGCAAACGACUAAGGCACAAAUUUAGGUUCUACUCGCACCAAUGGCGUACUUGGGCUGCGUGUUUCAUUCAAGCAGCAUGGCGAAGACAUAAAAAACGAAAGGGUGCAGCCGAGCUUAGAGCGAUGGAGAAUCUAAUGAAUGAAACAGACUCGGUAAGCGGACAAUUGGAUAAAAAUGCACCAGAACCUGUAUCGGGCUUUUCGGCAUAUGCAACAAGCUUGACAGCAAGUAGAAGGGUUCUUCACAAGCACACUGAUUCAGAUUCCAGUGCAGUUAGCUCACUGCAGAAGCCUGCAGAGCCUGAUUUCUCAGUUGAUGAAGAGUAACUUACAACGACGACUGCAACGAAAACAACUGCGCUCCAGUCCCAAACAAGUGGGUGAACAGUAACUUAAAAGAGCUAAAAGAUGAUACUAUUAUACAAGUCAAACAAGUAUACAAAUGUAAGAGGUGCUUUAUAUGUACAUUGGGAUUUUAGUUUUAUUUGUUAAAAGGUUGAGUUGAUAUAGAAACUCUCUCAUAGCUGCUAUGUAAAUUAUAACAGGCCAGUGGAAAAUGAAAAGAGAAAAAAAGAAGAGGAAAAACAAGAAUUGUGGCCUCAAA